AUGGAGAAGGAUGGCAGACCGUCGUGGGACAACCCAAUGCAGUUCGUCCUGGCCUGCGUGUCUUACGCGGUGGGGCUGGGCAACGUGUGGCGUUUCCCCUACCUCUGUCAGAUGCAUGGAGGAGGUAGCUUCCUGAUCCCUUACCUGGUCAUGCUGGUGCUGGAGGGCGUGCCCCUCUUCUACAUGGAGUUGGCGAUCGGGCAGAAGAUGCGGCUGGGCAGCAUCGGGGCCUGGGCAGCCAUCAGCCCCUACCUGGGAGGAGUGGGCAUCGCGAGCGUGGUGACGUCGGUGUACCUGUGCGUGUACUACAACGUGAUUAUCGCCUGGGCCUUCUGGUACCUCUUCCACUCCUUUCAGGCUGUUCUGCCCUGGGCCGAGUGUCCUGUGUAUGCCAACCUGACGGGCCAUUUGGAGGAGUGUGAGCGGGGCACGCCCACACAGUACUUCUGGUACCGAGAGACCCUCAACAUCACUUCCUCCAUCGAGGAGAGCGGGGGCAUGCAUACAGGCCAGGCCCUCUGCCUCCUGCUGGCGUGGAUGCUGGUCUACCUCUGCAUCAUACGGGGGGUUCGGUCCACAGGGAAGGUGGUGUAUUUUACUGCUACCUUUCCCUACCUGGUUCUGUCCAUCUACCUGAUCCGAGGUGUCACUCUGCAUGGGGCAGUUAAUGGCAUCAAGUACAUGUUCACACCCAAGUUGGAGGAGCUGGCUAACCCCAUGGCGUGGAUCAACGCUGCCACUCAGAUCUUCUACUCCCUGGGGCUGGGCUUUGGCUCCCUUAUAGCCUUCGCCAGCUACAACCAGUACAACAAUAACUUUGAGCAGCAGGCCAUUAUAGUGUCCCUCAUCAACAGCGGCACGUCCGUCUUCGCCAGCAUUGUCACCUUCUCCAUCUACGGCUUCAAGGCCACCUUCAACUAUGAGAACUGCCUUGAAAGGAUGAGACUGCUGCUCUUAAAAACCUUGAGUAUGGCAGAGGACGCCAUCACCACGGACAACGUCAGACAGUGGAUGGCGGAGCUGAACAGCACACACCCAGACACAUUCGCUGCCUUGUCCCACAACUUAGAGAACUGCAGCCUGGAGUCUGAGCUAGACACGGCUGUGGAAGGCACGGGCCUGGCCUUCAUCGUGUACAGCGAGGCCAUUAAGAACAUGCCGCUGUCCCAGCUCUGGUCCGUGCUCUACUUCUUCAUGCUGCUGAUGCUGGGGGUGGGGAGCAUGCUGGGAAAUGUCACGGGCAUCACCACCCCGCUGCGCGACUCCAAGUUCCUGUCCCGCCACUUCAACAAGGAGACCCUCAACGGUUUAGUGUGUCUCCUCUGUCUGCUUCUCGGCCUGGGCUUCACCACCCGCUCAGGAAACUACUGGUUCGCCAUAUUCAAUGACUACGCCUGUACCUUCUCCCUACUCCUCAUCGUGCUCAUUGAGAUCAUCAGCGUUUGUUACAUCUAUGGGCUGAAAAGGUUCGAUAAAGAUAUCGAGCACAUGAUUGGCCACCGACCCUGCUGGUACUGGAAGAUCGUGUGGGCGGGCGUCAGCCCGCUCAUCAUCAUCGGGCUGUUCGUGUUCUACAUUUCCAGCUACAUCAUGGGCGGAACGCCCACUUACCAGGCCUGGGACAAAGACCUGGGCAGGUCGGUGCCCAGGGUGUACCCCGUGAGCGCGCAGGUGGUCAUCGUGCUCCUGCUGCUGUCCUCCGUCUGCUGCAUCCCCCUGACUGCCCUCUACACCUACUGCAGCAGGAAGCAGCAGGAGCCCAAAGAAAGCGUCGUCAGCUGCCCUCUGACCUCCGAAGAGGUCUUCUGA